AAGACCAACGUCGGUCCUGGUCCUGGGCCCUUUGUCAUUACUGCCCAGAGUUUUUUUCUUUUUCUGGUCAGCUCACGUGGCCAGGAAAAACUCUUGGUAUUUUCUGUUUUUCAGUAGGCUAACUAGCUAGAUCACACAAAUCUAAAUUUUGCCAAGUUUUCAUCCAGCGCAGGGAUUGGCAGGAACCGGAACUGGAAGGCUGGCUAGCUAAUCUUUCAGUCGAUGUCAUUCAAAUACACUAGCUAGCUAGAUAAGGUCGCACUCUUGUCAGAAUGGCUUAUAAUCUAGUAAGGCAUUUCAGCAUGGUUUUCCAAUUAAAUGUCCAAAGAGAAGCUAUUAUGUUUUCGGGAGUGAGACAUAAGUCUACAGUGCAGUAUGCGACACGCCCAGACCGGCCGAAACUGGCUUAUAGAAAAGUGGAGGGGAAGAGCCCAGGGGUAGUGUUCUUGCCAGGGUUUGCCUCAAACAUGGGUGGGAAGAAAGCAGAAGCCCUUGAGGAGUUCUGCCAGUCACUAGGCCACUCUUACCUAAGGUUUGACUAUACAGGCUGUGGGUCGUCUGAAGGUGAAAUGGUAGACGGCACUGUUGGCACUUGGAAGAAGGAUGUUCUAUAUGUAUUGGACGAGCUUGUGGAGGGGCCACAAAUUCUGGUUGGCUCCAGUAUGGGCGGCUGGCUGAUGUGCCUGGCAGCCAUAGCUCGUCCAGAAAGAACUGCGGCCAUGGUUGGCAUCUCUACAGCAGCGGACCACUUUGUAACUGUCUACAAUACGCUUCCUAUUGAGGCGAGGAAGGAGAUUGAAGAGAAGGGGCAGUGGGUGGUUCCUACCAAACACAACGCGGAGGGCUCCAUCACGUUCACCACAGAGUUCCUGAAGGAGGCAGAGCAGCACCGUGUUCUGCAGUGCCCCAUUCCAGUGACCUGCCCUGUGAGGCUCAUCCAUGGGAUGAAGGACCAGGAUGUGCCCUGGCACAUCUCCAUGCAGGUAGCUGAGCGUGUGCUCAGCAAUGACGUUGACGUCAUCUUGCGCAAGCAUGGCCAGCACCGCAUGACAGAAAAGGAGGACAUCAAGCUCAUAGUCUACACCAUCGAUGAUCUCAUAGACAAGCUGACCACAUUGGUUUGAGUGGCCAAAUCAGGUCAAUGCUGUGGGUGAUGCCUACCACCCAGACCCCAACUUUUCCGCACUCAGGCUGUUCGGUUCCCGAUGCGUUUCAAAAUCGAGGUGCUAUUGAACUAAACACACACUGUGAAGAAAAGGAACAUUUUCUCCCGGCUCUCUCCAUGCCUUUUUAUUUGGAUUUGUAUUUACCGGUGCCAUGACACUUUGUUCUCACGACUACCAAACUUCUUGGGCCUUCUGUGAACAGUUUUGAUUUAUUCCCACAAUGUGGUCUGACGGUGAUUCCGUUAAACCGUCAAUGAGUAGGGCUCACUCCUAUUACAGUAGCCCAUCAGGUACAGAUGCAUUACGUCCAUUUGCAACCCAAAAUUGAUUUUAUCCACUGUCAAUUUUAUUCAAACAAAAACAAGUGUAAUGUGUAGAUGUGCCUUUAUAUUUACGCAUGUGCACUUAAAGACCAGUAGGAGGCAGCAAAUAUCAGUACAGUAUUUUAGGCACUUUGUGUUAUUAUGGAUCCCCAUUAGCUGCUGCAAGGCAGCAGCUACUCUUCCUGGGGUCCAGCAAAAUUAAGGCAGUUAUACAAUGUCAGUUAUACUAUGGCAGUUAUACUAUGUAACAUGUCUCCAGCAGGAUAAAUAGGUGGGGGGGUUGUCUGUGGAACGAUCAGUAGAAAAAUGACUUUAUUCAACUGUAAUGUUUGAUUCUUAUUCAACUGUAAUGUUUGAUUCUAAUGCUGGUGUCCAUGCGUUGCCCAUUUCUUAUGCUGUCCGUAUUUGCUGUUUGGUUCCAUUGCUGACAGAACAUACAGUAUCAGUCAAAGGUUUUUUACUAUUUUCUACAUUGUAGAAUAAUAGUGAAGACAUCAAAACUAU